GGGCAGCUGCCAGUUGAAAUCUUCAACCUCACAAAUUUGAGAAGCUUGGACAUCAGCAGAAACAACUUUUCCGGUCAUUUUGCUGGUGGGGUUUCUGUUCUUCGAAACCUGCUUAUUCUUGAUGCCUUUAGCAACAGCUUUUCUGGGUCAUUGCCAGUUGAAGUUUCCCAGCUGGAAUAUCUCAAGGUUCUCAACCUUGCUGGGAGUUACUUCAGUGGACCAAUCCCCUCACAGUAUGGGUCUUUCAAAAGCCUUGAAUUCAUUCACUUGGCUGGAAAUUUUCUGACUGGAAAAGUACCUCCAGAGCUUGGUAGGCUCAGGACGGUGACCCAUAUGGAGAUUGGCUAUAAUUCUUAUGAAGGGAGUAUCCCAUGGCAGUUGGGUAACAUGAGUGAGCUGAGAUAUCUUGAUAUAGCUGAUGCCAAUCUCUCCGGCCCAAUACCCAAAUACCUCAGCAAUCUCACUAAGCUUGAAUCACUAUUUCUCUUCAGCAACAAGCUCACUGGAUUUAUUCCAUGGGAAUUUGGCAGAAUCCUGACACUCACAAACUUGGAUCUGUCUGAUAAUCAAAUUUCAGGUCCCAUACCAGAGAGUUUUUCUGAGUUGAAGAAUCUUAGGCUGCUGAAUCUUAUGUACAAUCAAAUGAGUGGCACAGUGCCUGAAAGCAUUGCACAGCUUCCAUCACUAGACACUCUUUUCAUAUGGAAUAAUUUCUUCUCUGGGUCACUCCCAAAGAACUUGGGGAGGAACUCAAAACUCAGAUGGGUUGAUGUCUCUACUAACAAUUUCGUUGGCAGCAUUCCACCUGAUAUUUGUGUAGGAGGUGUGCUGUUCAAGUUGAUUUUGUUUUCCAACAAUUUUACAGGCAGUCUUUCUCCUUCUCUAUCCAAUUGUUCAUCUCUUGUUCGGCUUCGACUAGAAGACAAUUCAUUCUCCGGGGAAAUCCCUUGGAAAUUUAGCCAACUUCCUGAUAUCACAUACAUGGACCUGUCAAGAAACAAGUUUACAGGCGGGAUUCCUGAAGACAUAUCCAAAGCUUCAAAAUUUCAGUACUUUAAUGUCUCGAACAAUCCAGGGCUUGGAGGCACACUCCCUGCACAGACAUGGUCUCUGCCACUUCUUCAUAACUUUUCAGCAUCUUCUUGUAGCAUCUCUGGCAAUCUUCCCCCAUUCAAAUCCUGCAAAUCACUUUCAGUUAUUGAGCUGCACAGCAAUAGUUUAUCAGGGACUUUACCUGAAAGUGUUUCAAAUUGCCAGGCUCUUGAGAGGAUGGAUUUAGCUCGAAACAAGUUAAUUGGUCAUAUACCCGAUCAGCUUACCAUUCUUCCUGCUUUAAGUGUAUUAGACUUAUCACACAAUAAUCUCAGUGGUCCAAUACCAGCAAAGUUUGGCAGUUCUUCAGCAUUGAUACUUCUAAAUGUGUCUUUCAAUGAUAUCUCUGGUUCCAUUCCAAAAGAAAAGGUGUUUCGUGCGAUGGGUAGCAGUGCUUAUGUUGGGAAUACAAAGUUGUGUGGAGCUCCUCUAAAACCAUGUUCUUCUUCAAUGGGAAUAUUGGGAAGCAAAGGCACAAAGAAGCUUACCUUUAUUCUGGUACUAUGUGUAGUGAUAGCUGUGUUCAUUGUAGCAUCAAUUCUGGGGAUACUUUAUCUUAGAAGAGGAAGUAAAGGCCAAUGGACAAUGGUCUCUUUUCUUGGUCUCCCUCAAUUUACAGCAAAUGAUGUUUUAAGGAGCUUUAAUUCUACAAAUUCAACAGAAGCAGUGCCUGCACUAUCAUCUUCAGAUUGCAAAGCAGUUCUGCCCACUGGAAUAACAGUUUUGGUGAAAAAAAUUGAAUGGGAAGCAAAAAGAAUCAGGAUUGUUUCAGAAUAUGUGACGAGAAUGGGCAGUACACGCCACAAGAACUUGAGUAGAUUGCUGGGGUUUUGCUACAACAGGAAUCUGGCUUAUCUGUUGUAUGAUUACUUACCUAAUGGAAAUUUAUCAGAGAAUAUCAGAAUGAAGAGGGACUGGUCAUCUAAGUACAAACUUGUCAUUGGAGUUGCCAAGGGACUUAGCUUCCUUCACCAUGACUGCUAUCCUGCAAUCCCUCAUGGAGACCUGAAAUCAUGUAAUGUAGUGUUUGAUGAGAAUAUGGAACCGCAUUUAGCCGAAUUUGGGUUGAAGUAUCUGACGAAGUUGAGUAAAGGUGCAGCUCCUGCUACAAUUUCUGGAAAGGAAACAGGAGAGAUCAACAAUUUCAUUAGAGAGGAGCUGAACAUGGACAUCUAUAACUUUGGAGAGAUUGUUCUUGAAAUCUUGACAAAUGGUAGGCUAACGGAUGCGGGAGGAAUUGUACAGAACAUGCCAAGGGAUGCCCUUCUUAGAGAAAUUUAUAGUGACGACGAAGUUGGUUCCACAGCUUUGUUGCAAGAAGAAAUCAUGACGGUUCUUGAGGUUGCUCUGCUCUGCACCAGAAAUAGGUCAUCUGAUCGGCCUUCCAUGGAGGAUGUAUUGAAGCUUUUAUCAGGGCCAAAAUCACAAAGAAAGUGGAAUUAUCCUUGAAAUUUUAUGUACAAAAAAUUUCAAAUUACCAAAUUAGAAACAUUCAUACAUGUAACAAGCAGGUAGCAGAUGAAAGCUGUUUGUUUGUAUCAUCGUUAAUAUAUGUAUACAACGGGAUGCGUUUGUAACUAAAAAUUGUUUGGCUGUGAAAUAGUGGCUGAUAGGUUUCUUGGUUUUCUUAAAGCACCUUAUGAUAUAGAAAAUUAACCGGGGUUUUCUCAGUUGUUUCCUACAAGAUAAACAGUAUGUCCUACUCAUUUAAUACAAUCCAGCUCAUAUUUUCAUAUUCAUUAUUGAAGUCACCGUCAAUUUGGCCAAAUCCUACUCCACAAUAUCAUCAUAGUCUGAAAAAUUUACCCUUAUGGCAACAUUUACAAUGUUCUUCAAAGCAGUAGAUCUAGACACGCAGGUCGAUUUCAGAGGGUGCUUAUGAUUUCUCUCUCUGCUUAACCACUUCCGAGCCUUGUCUAAUCAGUGAAAAUGUUUCCAAUUUUUAUUUUCUAAAUUUUAUUUCUCAAAUUUGUUUCUAUUUUCAACAGCUACAUAUGUGCGCAUGCAUGUUUGAAUACAGAAAAAUGGGAGUUGAAAAUCUCCGCUGUACUAAACAAGGUGUUAGUGUUUCUUAUCUAAAUGCAUCACAAUUUUCAUACUUUGAACGUCCCUGCCAUUAGAAGGAAUCACAAGAAUCCUUUUAGUAGGUUAUCUAUUUCAAAGCACACUUUUAUAAAGGAAUUCCAAUAGGAAAACUUCAAAAAAAAAAUCUGGUGGGAGAAUCAAUGGUAAACAGCCUUUUAUGCAUAUAAUGUUUAGAACUAAUUUGGAUGGUUAAGACAAUGUAAAUGACUUGACUAUUGUUUGUAUAUUUUGAUACAAUAAUAUUUAUGGCAUUUUUCUCUGUUAGAUUUCCAUAUGCAUAUUUCACAACUAAUAGAAUACAUAGUGUUUCAGGCACCUUUAUCCUUACGUGGAGCUGCAAGUUGAAAUUCAUGCGAGUUUAUUCCUAUGAUUUCCUAGAAAAUGAAAAGAUGAAACAGAUCGGUCGUUCUAUAUGGCAAUAACAUCUAGAAAUCCAUAUUGCCAUUCUACAAUGUCAGUAGGACAGUUUUUAAUCAAAAAUUUUCCCAACCAGCCAAUCCUUUCAGUCUGCCAUACCUCAUCAGUUACCUCUACCGUAGGUUAUAUCACUAGAUCUGCGAGCCAAAUUCUGAAGCAUGAGAAACUGCACUUGAAUUAGCCAUAUAGGUUGAUUCCAAGUGACUAAAAAAAUAUGCUUCUUUCUUGGCGAAGAAGGGAGAAUUACUUUCCUUCACAGAGGUGUCAAUUUUGUUCAUAUUCUCAAGCAUUCAACGAUUAGAAAAAAAAGUAAUAUUAAGUUUUGAGAAUUUAAUUACUCGAUACAGCUCGAAUUUAUGCAGAAGAUGAAGUUUCUUAAUAAUUUUAUGCGGAAAUCUCGUUGAAUAUAACAGCAUUUACUCAAUGUAUUAAAACAAUUUAAAAAGUUUUAACCUUCUUUCUUUCUCUUUAAGCCACUUUUCUUUUUCUUUUCCUGGUAGUAUAUCCAUAACUGGACCGCGUAAUGGAGCAUUAUUUUCAAACUUGUCUCAAGGAAGAAUUUCCAUUUAUGAAUAUGCAUUUAUUCCUUUCACUCAGUUAGUGAUAUUAGGUAUUCGGAGGGCCCAGAUGCUUCUUUUUUGAUACUUUACCAUCUGAUCAAGACAAAACUGAAAAGGUUUCUAUCUUACAAAAGAAGUAUUAGCCUAACAAAAUUCAUCCAUUGAAAAUUCCACCUUACCUACUCAGAUAUGCAUGGUUAUCAUAUGGUAAAGCCAUAUGCAAAACAAUUACAUCUAGUCCCUGCAUCAAUACGGUACACACUCCUUUCUACCAGGGACAAAGUUAAAAUUUUACUUAUCCAAUAUAUUACAUAUAUAAAGCAAUAAGGGUUGGUAGAAACAACAAGAAGAGUUCCUCACUAAUCAACCUAGAUACCAAAUCCUCCAUACUUACCAGGUUUGAAAACACUAUGGAUAGCUAAAGUUUGUCAUUCAAAUAUUUUUGCAAGUA